GAGGAGGCGGACCCGCAAGCUGGGGCGUUACGAAACUUCAGGAUCAGACAGCCCCUCCUCAGAGGGGAGGGACCGGCUCCGGGGGCCUUGUUCUCUAGGAGUCGCAGCACUGGACCCCAGAUCUUAGAUCUGCGCCUCUGCUCCGACCCUGGCCCGGCUCCGAAGCGCGUACCCGGGGUGGUCCGCUGUCAGGUCCGCUCUCCACACAGGUGUCCCGCGCUGCCCACCCUGCCAUGUCGUCCUGCAGCCGCGUGGCCCUGGUCACCGGAGCCAACAAGGGCAUAGGCUUCGCCAUCGCCCGUGAACUGUGCCGGCAAUUCUCGGGGGACGUGGUGCUCACCGCACGCGACGAAGCGCGGGGCCGGGCAGCGGUGCAGCAGCUGCAGGCCGAGGGCCUGAGCCCGCGCUUCCACCAGCUGGACAUCGACGACCUACAGAGCAUCCGCGCCUUGCGCGACUUCCUGCGCAAGGAGUACGGGGGUCUCAACGUUCUGGUCAACAACGCGGGCAUCGCCUUCAAGAUGGAUGAUCCAACACCCUUCGACAUUCAAGCAGAGAUGACCCUGAGGACAAACUUUUUUGCUACUAGAAAUGUCUGCACUGAAUUACUGCCCAUAAUGAAGCCUCAUGGGAGAGUGGUGAAUAUCAGCAGUUUACAGGGUUCGAAAGCUCUUGAAAACUGCAGUGAGGAUCUACAGGAAAAGUUCCGAUGUGACACACUUACCGAGGGGGAUCUGGUGGACCUCAUGAAAAAGUUUGUGGAGGACACAAGAAAUGAGGUACACGAGAGGGAAGGCUGGCCCAAUUCGGCUUAUGGGGUGUCCAAGUUGGGGGUCACAGUCUUAUCGAGAAUCCUGGCCCGGCGGCUGGAUGAAAAGAGAAAAGCGGACCAGAUUCUGCUUAAUGCCUGCUGCCCUGGAUGGGUGAAGACAGACAUGGCUGGGGACCAAGGCUCCAGGACGGUGGAGGAGGGAGCAGAGACCCCUGUCUAUUUGGCCCUCCUGCCUCCAGAUGCCACUGAGCCACAAGGCCAGCUAGUCCGUGACAAAGUCGUGCAAAACUGGUGAACGUCUUCUUCAUGGCUUGAUGUUUAAUAAAUGUUGGUGGAA